AUGCAAAUCUUCGUCAAGACCCUAACGGGCAAGACCAUCACCCUCGAGGUCGAGUCCUCGGACACGAUCGACAAUGUCAAGUCCAAGAUCCAGGACAAGGAGGGCAUCCCCCCCGACCAACAGCGCCUGAUCUUCGCCGGCAAGCAGCUCGAGGACGGCCGCACCCUCUCUGACUACAACAUCCAGAAGGAGUCGACCCUCCACCUCGUCCUCCGUCUUCGUGGCGGUGCCAAGAAGAGGAAGAAGAAGGUCUACACUACCCCCAAGAAGAUCAAGCACAAGCGCAAGAAGGUCAAGCUCGCUGUGCUCAAGUACUACAAGGUCGACUCCGAUGGCAAGAUUGAGCGCUUGAGGCGCGAGUGCCCCAACGAGACGUGCGGUGCUGGUGUCUUCAUGGCUGCCAUGGAUGACCGCCAAUACUGUGGCCGCUGCCACCUCACCUACGUCUUCGACAAGAACUAA